CCGGUGCCUGUCGCAAAUAACACAACGCAUCCCGUGUGUCGAGGCCGACAGAGACACUUAGCCGUUUCCUGUUAGCGAGCAGGUUUGACAGCUUAAUACAAGACCGAAGUAACUGUCGUCUUCCCGUCGCUAGGACACCUUAAAAUAAAUGGACUGCUGCCAGCGUUCAGGGACACCGGAAGAUGGACUUCAACAGGAAGGUGCUGGUGACGGGAGGCUCUGGAUUCAUUGGCUCCCACCUGGUGUGUUCGCUGGUCGACAGACACCCUGACUGGAGAAUCAUAAACCUGGAUAAUUUGGAUUACUGCUGCAGCCCCAGGAGCCUGCAGAGGGUUGAAGGCAGAGCCAACUACACUUUUAUCAGGGGGGACGUGUGCGACUCACAGCUGGUGAAUCGCAUCUUCAGCACGGAAAACAUCGACGUGAUCUUUCACCUGGCGGCCAAAACGCACGUCGAGACGUCGUUUGAAACCCCGUCCGCCUUCCAGCGCGUCAACGUGGACGGGACCCGAGUCCUGCUGCGAGCCGCCCGCCGGGCCCGGCACCGGCCGCAGCGCUUCAUCCACGUCAGCACGGACGAGGUGUACGGAGCCAGUCUGGACCAGGCGUUCGACGAGAGCAGCCCAGUGAGGCCCUCCAACCCGUAUUCUGCCACGAAAGCAGCUGCGGAGUACCUGGUUCGAUCCUACUGGGACACGUACAAGUUUCCCGUCAUCAUCACCAGGAGCAACAACAUCUACGGGCCCCGACAGUUCCCCGAGAAGGUCAUUCCGAGGUUUCUCACCCUCCUGCAAAGGAACAAGAAAUGCACCAUCCAGGGGACUCUCCCCAAAUCGCGACAUUUCCUUUUUGUCGAUGACGCCAUCGACGCCUUUCUGCUGGUUCUGGAGAAGGGCAUUGUGGGAGAAAUCUACAAUGUGGGAACAAGCUGUGAGAUUCCCAUCGCGCACCUGGCCAGGGAACUUGUCAAGAUGGUCAAGAAGGUGCCGGACUGCGAGGUGAACGACUGGCUCGAGUUUGUCCCCGACAGGCCACGCGUUGACCUCCGCUACCCCAUCAAAUGUGAGAAGCUCCAGCAGCUGGGCUGGAGGGCGCAGGUGUCCUGGGCUGAAGGCAUCAGACAGACAGGUGAGGAGGAACAAAACAAGAGCCUAACUAACAAAAGGUGUACCAACCUGAGGAUUCCCUGUGGUGGGUUUUUUUUUUCCAAUCUUUUAGUGAAAUGGUACCAGGACAACCCGGACUUCUGGUUGGACGCAGGAGGGGGCCGAGAACCCAUCAGAAGCCGGCUUGAAGACGCCAACGACUGGGUGGGGGGGGGGGACGAUCUUACCUCAUUUCCUUGAGUGCCUUUUACUCCACGGUUCAAACUGAGUUUUAACUCUGAAAUCCAAUGACAAAAUACUACAAAGUAUUUAUUUAUUUAUGCACACAAGUAGCAAGUUACUCAGAGAAGUGCUCGAGUGCACGUGAACUCAUCAGCAAGGUCAGAGAAGGGAAUGCCAACCAUGUGUUUUAUAGACAUUCUAAUGAUGUUAACUGAAAUAAACUUGGAUAUUUAAUAACUAAACAAGGUGCUUUUCAUUUAAAAAUCACUUUGAGGACACAAUGUUUACAUUUGCAAAUCCAAACCUUUAUUUGUGGUAAAAUCAGAAUAGAUGCACAUUGUUGUUUUUUCUUCGUGCAGUGCUCCUCUUUGUGCACAUCUACUAAACUAAUACAUAAAGCAAAUACUAACUAUCAGGCUGGAGGUGCUGUGUGUUCACAUCGAGGGGUCUGGCCAGUCAGCAAUGGUGACAACACUGCGCUUUAUGUCAUUUCAAUUCAGCCACUAAACAGCAAAUCAUUCCGAAAUACAACUACACAACUUUAUUUUGUAAUAACCCUCUAGAGUAUAUUGAAUUGAAAGUGAAAUAAAGCGGCAG